UUUGCUACCUCUCGCUUUUUGGCGCGGAUAUUGUCGUAUUUCUAAACCGGUAGUGUACGGGUGGGUACGGAUGAGGUCAUUAUGACGGGGUUUGAAACUCAUCUCUAAGAGUAUAUAAGUAAAGGCAUAUUCUCUGAAUGCAGCGAAAACUCGUUCAAAUCACUAUUAUUCACCUUUUUAUAUUAACUUUUAACACUAUUGCAAGAUGAAAAUCAUUGACGAAGAAGAGAAAAAUGCCUCCAUUAACAACAUGCUUAUUGAAGCAGCCAAAGGGAUCACCGUUGGUUUAGGUGUUAGUUACGGUCUUUAUAGAUUUAUUCGUUAUAGAUACCCUGUUGGAUAUACCAAAUUCAGUACUUCUGUCAAAGCAUCCAUUUGGGCAAUGCCUACCAUUUCCUUGGGUGCUUUCUUUGCCGAUGAAGGUACUGUUAAAUUUUCCGAAAAAAAUACCCGAUCAGAUUAUUUGGAAAGAUUAGAAAAAGAAAAAUUGGAAUCUUAUAAGAACUUAUCAACUACUGACCAGGUAUUAUCUAAAUUAAAUGAGCAUAAAUAUAAAAUCAUUGUUGGUUCAUGGGCAGCAUCAUUAUGGGGAUCAUGGAAAAUAGUUAAUAAGGAUAAGUACAUGACUACAGCACAAAAAGCAGUUCAAGCAAGAGUUUACGCCCAAGCAAUUACUGUUGUUUUACUAUUAGGUACCAUUUUACUUUCAAUGCAUGAAGAAAAAAUCAAUAAAGGAAAACCUGCUCCAGUUCCCGAAUGGAAGAGGUUCCUUGAUGAACAAGAAGCUAAAAAAAAACAAGACCAACAAAUACAGCAUUAG